CCAACCCCAACCGAAGCUACACCUGUACGGGAAGGCUUCGAGACGCCUUCGAGCACUUCCCCAGGCAUUACAACCCGGCAAUAGUACGACAACCCCCUAGUGCCUACGAAGAGCCUCAAGAUCUGCGGAAUCUCUUCCCGGCCCUGGCCCCUUCUUUCAUAUAUCCGUUUCCUACGCGUCGCUGGCGACCAUCGACCCAGAUAUUUAGAUUGCUAUAGGCUCCAAAAGCGGUAUGAGAAGGUUUUCUUAUCCAGGAAGAUCGCGGACAAGAGCUUGAAGCGAGCGUUCGGCAGCGGAUCGACGGUUCGGUGUGGCUCGUGUCAAUUUGCAAACACGUACAACGACAUGACAGUACGGGCACAAUUCUAGGGCGGAGCGCGAUACAUCUACGAAGUAUAUAAGAUAGUCACCCAGAGCACUUGAAGACCACGCUCCUCAGUCAAUCUCAAGCAGCAGCUUCAGCACCUCGCCAUGUUCUCCAAGGCCAGCAUUCUCUCUUCUCUUCUUGCGGCAGGUGUGUCCGCCCAACAGGUCGGCACCCUCACCACAGAGACUCAUCCCUCCCUUCCCAUUCAGUCUUGCUCGGCUGCUGGACAAUGCUCGACCAUCUCAACUUCGGUCACGCUUGAUGCUAAUUGGCGCUGGCUGCACUCUACGAAGAGCGCCGAUAACUGCUACAACGGCAACACCUGGAACACUACCUUCUGCCCCGAUAAUAAGUCAUGCGCAGCUAACUGCGCUCUCGACGGUGCGGACUACACCAGCACAUACGGUGUCACUGCAGCAAGCAAUGCUCUUACGCUCAAGUUCGUGACGCAGGGCACGUACAGCAAGAACAUUGGUUCCAGGCUGUACCUUAUGGCUUCUGAUUCCAAGUACUACAUGUUUAAGCUCCUUAACAAGGAGUUCACCUUCGACGUUGACGUGUCGCAACUGCCCUGCGGUUUGAACGGUGCUUUGUACUUGGUGGAGAUGGACGAGGAUGGUGGUAUUGCCAAGUACUCUACCAACAAGGCUGGUGCCAAAUAUGGUACUGGAUACUGCGACACUCAGUGCCCCCACGACAUCAAGUUUAUUGCUGGUGAAGCCAACGCAGAAGGCUGGACCCCCAGCAGCAACGACGUAAAUGCCGGGGCUGGAAAAUACGGUGCCUGCUGUCACGAGAUGGAUAUCUGGGAGGCCAACUCGAUCUCUGCUGCCUACACUCCCCACGUCUGCAGUGCCAACGGUCUCGUCAGGUGCUCCGGCACCGAUUGCGGCGAUGGCGAUAACCGCUACAACGGCGUGUGCGACAAGGACGGCUGCGACUUCAACAGCUACCGCCAAGGUGACACCUCCUUCUACGGCCCCGGCAUGACCGUCGACACCAAGUCCAAGUUCACUGUCGUCACGCAAUUCAUCACCAGCGACGGCACCGACACGGGCAAGCUCACCGAGAUCCGCCGCAAGUACGUCCAGAACGGCAAGGUCAUCGACAACAGCGUCAGCAAGAUCUCCGGCGUCACCGGAAACAGCAUCACCGACUCGUACUGCAAUGCGCAGAAGACUGCCUUUGGCGACAAUAACAGCUUUGAGAAGCUCGGUGGACUCACCGCUAUGGGCGGUGCAAUCGGCCGCGGUAUGGUGUUGGCGCUUUCCGUGUGGGAUGACCACGCUGUCAACAUGCUUUGGCUCGACUCUACCUUCCCUACCGACAAGGACGCUUCAACGCCUGGUGUCGCCCGUGGAACUUGCUCCAUCACCUCCGGCGUGCCCGCUGACGUCGAGAAGAACAGCCCCAACUCGCAAGUCAUCUACAGCAACAUCAAGAUCGGCGCUAUUGGAUCUACCUUCGGGUCUGGCUCGGGUACUACCCCUGGAACCCCUGCUUCCAGCGCUUCCAGCGCUCCCGCUUCAACUGCUACGUCUGGCACUGGUAGCGGUGCUGCCCUCUACGGACAGUGCGGUGGACAGGGCUGGACUGGACCGACUACGUGCAAGCAGGGAACUUGCAAGGCGCAGAGCCAGUGGUACUCUCAGUGCCUCCCGUAGAUAGGUCACACGAUGGUAGAGAUCCGGGUGUAAAGGGGGUGAUUGUUAUAGAGGUGGCAGCUUGAUUGACUUCGAUUUGUACAUAUCGGUCGUUUUAUUGCAAAGUAGAGUCACAUGUAAAUAGAAUCUAUGGAC